UUAUAACAAUUAUUGAAUGCAUAGUUUCCAGUGGGUUGAUUUGGGGAGUGUAUGGCGGGUGAAAGCAGGAAAACGUCCAGCACCCCAGAUGGGACUCGAACCCACAAUCCCUGGCUUAGGAGGCCAAUGCCUUAUCCAUUAGGCCACUGGGGCGAGCGCGUGAGUGUUUAAACACUAUCAUUAUUAGCGUGUAUCCUCACAUUUAGACUCUAAAUGGAUGUAAAGGUUUAUUCUUAAAUAGCUGAAAGUCCAAAACCAAGAGCGCAUAUAUCCAGGGUUUUACGUUAACCACAAGGCGGUUUGAGCCUUUAGUGAGGUUUCUACAAUAAAAGUCCUGACUGUACGUGACGGGUUUCAUUGGGUCACAUACUACAUGCUUGUGUUUUUGCCCAGUUACUUUUUUUCAAUAUCAACCCUUCUAUCUUUGUGUAUACAUUUAAAUACAUAAACAAUUAAAGAGAUUUGUUUUCCUGGCAUGGCUUUAUUUUGCAUUUAAAUUUCACGCGGUUUUAUUUUGAAAAGUUCAGGAACCGGCAAACUAAAGUGUCCCCAUGUGCCCAUGUUGUGAAAGAAAACCCUGGUCAGUAUUGGGUAGUUGAUGUUCUUGGAGAUUUCAAGUGCGAAACUUCAGCAAGGCAAUCGAAAGUAAAUCGGAUGGCUUCUGGAGAUAUUGAUCAGCUUACAGAGGCUCUGGCCAAGACUCAUGUAGGGGAAGAGCUCAGCUACAAGGGUCAAGGACUGAAGCUGAAUGAUAAACAGUCAGUGGAAGAGAUAGCACGGGCGAUAGAACAUUUCCAGGGUUUGAAGGCAUUGCGGCUUGAAGGAAAUACUCUUGGUGUUGAAGCAGCGCAGGCUAUUUCAAAGGCUCUUCAGUCCAAAAAGGAUCUGCAGCGAUGCUACUGGAGUGACAUGUUUACGGGUCGCCUUCGCUCUGAAAUUCCAUCUGCCUUGAAAUCACUGGGCAGUGCCUUGAUGAUCUCUGGGGCCAAGCUUACUGAACUGGACUUGAGUGACAAUGCGUUUGGACCAGAUGGUGUAAAGGGCAUUGAGGCCCUCCUUAAGAGUGCUGUGUGCUACACUCUACAGGAACUCAGGCUGAAUAAUUGUGGCAUGGGCAUUGGAGGAGGCACAAUCCUGGCCUCUGCACUGACUGAAUGCUACAAGCAAUCAAGUGCUGCCGGCUCACCUCUAAAGCUAAAAGUCUUUGUAGCAGGACGUAAUCGACUUGAGAAUGAUGGCGCCACUGCACUUUCCCAAGCAUUUCAGUUAAUUGGAAGCCUUGAGGAGAUUCACAUGCCACAGAAUGGUAUCAACCACCCAGGCAUCACAGCUUUGGCCACUGCAGUGCAACACAAUCCCAGUCUGCGUGUGAUUAACCUCAAUGACAAUACCUUUACCAAGAGGGGUGCGGUAGCCAUGGCCCAGGCCCUCAGGCACUUGUGCAAUGUACAGGUUAUUAAUUUUGGAGACUGUCUGGUGCGCUCUGAAGGUGCCAUUGCUAUAACAGCAGCACUAAGAGGACUUCCUGAUCUUAAGGAGCUGAACCUGUCAUUUGGAGAGAUUUCAGAAGCUGCAGCUCUGGUUGUUGCCCGGGCUAUACGGGACAAAGCUGAACUGGACAAACUAGACCUCAAUGGAAACUGCCUGGGGGAAGAUGGUUGUGAAGCUCUGAAAGAGGCCAUGGAAAGUAUGGGCAUGGGGGAUGUGCUUUGCUCACUCAGUGAUGAUGAAGGGGAAGAGGACGAGGAUGAUGAUGAUGAUGAGGAUGAUGAGGAAGAGGAAGAUGGUGAAGAUGAGCAGAACUUUAUCAAUGGGCUAAAAGAUGAAGGUGAAAGAAGCCCAGGAAAGGUGCCAUUAGGCAGUGCUGAGCUCUUGUCCUUCUUUCAGUCUCCAACUUCAGAAAAGCUGCUUAACCUUGGUGCCAAGAGAGUUCAGCUCUUUGAGCAACAAGUGGAUUUUUCAGAUGCUGCUAAAAUUGCAGACAUUUUUCUUCAGCUAUCUUCAGUGUAUAAAGAAGACGCAGAUGUGAAGCAAGUUGUUUUUGAGAUUGCUGAUGCCCUGUUGAAGAAGGCGCUUUCCAACCCUCAGUUUCAGACCUAUAGUUUUACCUGUUCACUGUUGGUGAAAGCGGGGCUUUUAAAGGGUGAGAAGAAGGCCAAGAAAGUUUGCGUCUUGCCUGGUCACCUACUUACUCUGAAGCACUGUGUUGAGCAAGAAUACUUCCCUGUGGACCAGGCCAAUGUUCUAGAGGUCUUUGUGUCUCGAAAUGGCAAAGUUUUAGCGUCAUGUUCCAGUGCUAGAGAUGACCUUAAAGCCACACUGGAGAAAAGGAUCUCUGCCUAGGACCUUGUUUUGUCACUGAGAACUCCUAAUACAGGACAAUCACAUGGGCCAAUGAGGGGACCACUAAUGCUUCUAAGGACUUGAUUUAUUAUUGUCUGUAUCCACCCAAGUCAUCAGUUCUCUUAAUUGGAGCAUAGUUUGACCAUAGUGAAGCAAGUCCUUGGAAAUGUAUAAAGUACAUUGCAAACCACUGCCUUAUUACAAACAAAUUGUAAGUUAAAUUAAAUAUAUAAACUUGAUUGGCUUUGAAAAGAAGUGUGACUCUGCUGAGGUUUUACUUCCAUUCAAAGAUUCAGUCUUGGCUACCUGAAUAACAGCCCAAUUGCUGUUAAAGAGCUUUUUAGAUAUGAUGAUAUUUGAAGAUGAAUUGUCACCGAUAUUCCUAUAUUAUGUGUCAUAACUUUAACUGUAAACGUUGACGUAAAAGUGCACCAAGUAACUAAUUUAGGGGGAUUUCUUCAACUUGGAAUACAUUAUAUUUUCCAACUAACUUGUUUAUUGACGUUCUCAAAUAAUACCAGCAAUAUGCACAAACACUUGCUCUUUGGCCAGUGCCAGACUGAAUCUGAAGAAUGGGACAAAUAUGAAAAUGCUAAUUAGUUUUUUCCUCCAGGAGAAAAUAACUGUUAUGACUUUUUUUUAGUAUUGACCUAUUUUCAUAAAUAAAAACAAAAACAUCAUAAAAAAAAGUAUUGGAUGAGGGCUUUGUAGUAAAAUAAAUAAAAAAUCUAGCUCAUGUAGGAAGUGUAAUUUCAGAGGUGUGAUAAACACCUUUACACUGAUUUAUUUGACAAGAGGUGUCAAAUUUAGUAUGAAGUGAUGUCUGUAGAAUUGGUGUUAAAUCUUUAGGGCAGCUAGUACAAGGGAACAGAAUCAAAUAUGAAAAACGUACCUCAAUACAGUUUGAAUCUCAUAUUUCUGGUUGUAUGAUUAUUAUACUCGGUGUGCUUUUAUUGUUUUUGUAUUCACAUUAAACUGAUGACUUUUGAGAAAAGGAGUCUUGUCCAUUUCAAACUACGCACUUACCUUAUACC